GAGACCAGAAAAAAAAACAAGUUAGCAGCAACUGCAAGAGCAUCCGAGAAUGGCCGACAAUCGACGUCGGAUACCCCGAGCGAAACUCGGAACUCAGGGUCUCGAGGUUUCCAAGUUGGGUUUUGGCUGCAUGGGACUGACUGGAGUUUACAAUGAUCCGGUCCCUGAGGAAGUCGGCGUAUCGAUCAUCGUGGAAGCCUUUGCCAAGGGCGUAACGUUCUUUGAUACAUCUGACGCAUAUGGACCCAAAGUUAAUGAGAUUCUAGUCGGGAAGGCAUUGAAGAAGUUGCCGCGGGAGGAGGUGCAGUUAGCUUCCAAAUUUGGCGUGGUGAAAAUGGAACCCGGCAAUCUGGUGGUGAGGGGGACCCCAGAUUAUGUCCGCUCGUGUUGCGAGGCGAGCCUCGAGCGUCUUGGUGUCGAGUACAUAGAUCUCUACUACGUGCAUCGCAUCGACACGUCGGUCCCUAUAGAGGAAACUAUGGAGGAGCUAAAGAAGUUGGUGGAGGAGGGAAAGGUGAAGCAUGUUGGGUUGUUGGAGGCGAGCCCCGACACCAUAAGAAGAGCGCACGUGGUUCACCCCAUUACGGCCAUACAAAUGGAGUGGUCGCUCUGGACUCGCGACAUCGAGCAAGAGAUCGUCCCGCUUUGCCGGGAGCUCGGGAUUGGCAUUGUUCCUUACAGUCCUCUCGGCCGCGGGUUCUUUGGUGGCAAGGGCCCAAACAGUUUCCUGGAGAGACAUCUUCCUAGGUUUCAACCAGACAACUUGGACAAGAACAAGAGCUUCUAUGCGCAAAUCGAGAAGAUAGCUGAGAAGUACGACUGCAUCCCUCCGCAACUCGCGCUUGCGUGGGUUCUUCAUCAAGGCAAUGACGUCGUGCCUAUCCCUGGAACGACGAAGACAGAGAAUCUGGACAAGAACAUCGGUUCCCUGAGAGUGAAGCUCACGGAGGAGGAUGUGAAAGAAAUCUCGGGUGUCAUACCUAUUGAUGAGGUUGCUGGGAGCCGGAUAAACAAGCACUAUGCUUGCCACUCGUGGAAGAACGCGAACACGCCCCCGAGAGGUGGCAAUUUUCCAGCUUAAGACUUGUUAUGUGCAGCACUGUCAGGCAUUGUUUUGGCUCUCUUGCCUUUAUGCCUGUAUGUGACUGAGGCCAUAAAGUAUCACAAAAUAGUUUGAACGUAAAACC